AUGGGUCAUUUGGCUCAAUCUAUUGAUGUGCGUGCCUCCCGAGUAGAGGCUGAUGUGCCUAGGUUGAUUGAGCGGGCUAUUAUUGAUGUCUUAGCCCUGAUCAAGGCUGAGAUGAGAGAGCAAAGGGGGAUGAUAAAUACACAUAGGGUUGCACUAAAUUCCCUUACACUGAGGGUUGAGGCUUGUGAGCAGGGCAAGGGUGAUUCUGAUGUUGUGACAGCCUUGAAUGCCGAUGUUAUUGGGCUGAGGAAGGAAGUGGACGAGCAGAAGUCCAUUGGUCUAUCAAUGUUAUUCGCCACAUUUGAGAUCCCUGAUGUUCCGAGCACUGAUGUUCCAGUCAGUUCUGAGGUUCCUUCGACUACUACUAUCGGAGAUGUUGUUAUAGAUGUGGUUAAGGCUGAGUCUGAGGCUGAGACCGAUGAGGAAGAGCUGGGUGUUCAUGAUGCAGCCGUGUAUAGAGAUUUGGAGGACCUUUAG